CAGUCCAACAAAAAAUUUUCAUACAAUGAAGUUCCGCUACAGCUUAGUCGCUUUGGCGGCCCUGUUCGCGGCUGUUGCUGCCUCAAACUACCAUCCACUUUCGGAUGAGUACAUCGCAGAAAUCAACCGCAAGCAGUCCACUUGGAAAGCUGGGCGUAACUUCGAAGUAGACGAAUGGGACAAAUUCAAAGCGAUUGCUACUGGCGCCUUGAAGUUGCCGAAGUCGAAGUUGGUCCAAUUAAAGCAAACCAUACACGACGAAUCUACAGAAAUUCCAGAGUAUUUUGAUGCUGCCGAGCAGUGGCCCAACUGCGAGUCCAUCAGAGAGAUCAGAGAUCAGUCGAGAUGCGGCGCUUGUUGGGCUUUCGCAGCGGUAGAAGCAAUGUCCGACAGGAUUUGCAUUCAUUCCGGCCAAACCAAGCAGGUGCGCAUUUCCUCGCAGGACCUGCUGACUUGUUGUAACUACUGCGGUUUCGGUUGCGACGGAGGUUUUACUUCCGACGCUUGGUUGUACUGGAAACGCGACGGUAUUGUCACGGGAGGCCUUUUCAAUCGUACAGACGAGGGUUGUGUUUCCUACUUUUUACCCGAAUGCGACGACCAUCCGGCCAAAUGUAGAGACUAUGUCGACACGCCCGCCUGCGUUCAAAGGUGUGACAACCCCAAUGAAAACUACGAAAGCUCGCUUACUUUUGGAUCCGACGUCAAUUACUUCUCCAGCGAGAAGCAGAUCCAAUUAGAAAUUUUGAAAAAUGGACCGGUUGAGACCCAAUACUAUGUCUACGAAGAUUUCGCCAGCUAUCAGAGCGGGAUCUACCAACAAACCAGCAAUGUCAUGCUCGGUGGUCACGCCGUGAAAAUUGUUGGUUGGGGAGUAGAGGACGGCGUUAAGUAUUGGAAGAUAGCCAAUUCGUGGAACCCCAGGUGGGGAGAAGAUGGAUACUUUAGAAUAAUCCGCGGGGUAAAUAGCUGCGGUAUCGAGGAGAGCGUUGUUGCCUCGGUGCCCAUAUUCAACUAAGCUGAGUGUACUCAAUAAAAUUUUGUCUGAGUAGCUAAAUUUU